GUGUACGGAAGUAGUUCAGUGGUCGAGUGCAGUUCUUGCAUUUUAAGUUUGUGAUUUAGUUUAACAAUUGUUUUCCCCUCAUUAAUCAAAAACAAGCACGUUUUUCUUGUAAGGCACAGUGGCAGUCCUCCUAGCAUGACUCUAUAUUGUGUGUCAUCUCUGUCACUCGGCGGAUUAGUCGCAAAGUUCCCUCCUAGUUGAUGCUUGUUGAGGACUCAACAUGAGCUCUCAGGAUAUACUGAAGAAUGCGACCACUUUGGCGUCGUAUAAUGUGUUGAUACAGGUGAUGUUCCGUGUGCUCACCUUCUUGCUGAAUGCAUUCACCCUGAGAUUCGUGUCCAAGGAGCUGAUCGGGGUCGUCAACGUCAGGCUUACACUGUUGUAUUCCACAUUAGUAUUUUUAUCCAGAGAGGCUUUCCGCAGAGCAUGCCUUAGUGGGGAAUCGGGGCCAAACCACAGCUGGAGACAAGUCAUUAAUCUACUAUGGCUGACGGUGCCUCUCGGUGUGAUAUGGGCUGUCCUUCUUGGCUGUGUGUGGCUCUGGUUCCUGGAGGCCCCGGACCCCCAGACUAUCCCUUACUACAGUCCUGCUGUGGUGCUGUUUGCCUUAUCAGGAGUGCAGGAGCUCCUGGCCGAGCCCCUCUGGGUCUUGGCUCAGGCCCACAUGUUUGUUCGGCUGAAAGUGGUCGCUGAGAGUUUAGCGAUGAUCGCUAAGUGCAGUGUAACUGUGGUGCUGGUGGUGUUCACCCGUCAGUGGGGCCUCUACAUCUUCUCUGCAGCACACCUCGUCUACACAGGAUUUAUAGUGUUAUGCUACAGUGUUUACUUCAUUCAUUUCUUGGGCUCUGACGAGGCUGCAAAGAAGAAUUUUCCACUGCACCGUGUUGCAGAUUUACUGCCUCAGAGGACUGAAGGAAAGCCACUAAUAGAUUGGAGUCUAGCCCGGCUCACGUGGAGCUUCUUCAAGCAGUCCUUCCUUAAGCAGAUCCUGACAGAGGGGGAGCGUUACGUCAUGACCUUCUUGAACGUCCUCAGCUUUGGAGACCAGGGAGUUUACGAUAUUGUCAACAAUCUGGGCUCCAUGGUGGCCCGAUUCAUCUUCUUGCCCAUUGAGGAAAGCUUCUACAUCUUUUUUGCCAAAGUGUUAAAGAGAGGACAUGACAUCAAAAGCCAGAAACAGGAAGAAGUUGCCAUUGCGGCAGAAGUCUUGGAGUGUUUGCUGAAACUGGUGCUGGUGAUUGGUCUGAUUAUCACAGUGUUUGGAUAUGCCUACUCUCACCUGGCUCUGGAUAUUUAUGGUGGCUCUCUGCUGAGUAGUGGGACAGGGCCCAGUUUGCUGCGAUGCUACAGCUGCUAUGUCCUCCUGCUUGCUGUAAAUGGAAUAACCGAGUGUUUUGUGUUUGCUGCUAUGAGCCAAGAAGAGGUUGACAAGUAUAACCUGGUCAUGCUGGCUCUGUCUGUAUCCUUCCUCCUCCUGUCUUACAUGCUGACAUGGUGGGCUGGUGGAGUCGGCUUCAUACUUGCUAACUGCCUCAACAUGGGCCUUCGUAUUUUACACAGCCUGCGUUACAUACACCAUUACUUCCAGUUCUCCCAGUGGAAACCUCUGCGAGGGCUGUUGCCCUCUCCACUCCUACUGCUGGUGCUUGCUGUCAGUGCAGGCAUCACAGCAGCUUCUGAGGCUGUUCUGUGCUGUGACGGCGGAUGGUUGCUCAGGCUGGUCCAUAUUGCUGUGGGAGGAGUGUGUCUGCUUCUUGUUUUUGGGGCUGUUCUUCUCACCGAGACUCAGCUCAUUCAGUUUGUGAGGACUCAGCUGUUGCCACGAUACAGAAAGAAACAUACAUAAAUAAGAAAAAAGAAAAAUGUUUGGCUCCCGAACCAUUCCAAAUACAGUACAAAUAAAAAGGGUUCAAACAGUUAAGUUACUGGGAAGGACUGAGGAAGAUGGAGCUGUGGAUCUUUUUUUUUUCCCUUUUUUUUAUGGACCUUGUGUUUUGUGGAAGCGUUCCCAUGUGUUUUCACAGUGACAUACCUGGAUACAGGUAUUAAUUACUUUUUCUAUGCAGUUAAUACGGUCAAUUGCUCAAUUGCUGUUACAGACAUAGUUUGUUUCACAAUUUACUCCCAAAAAAGGCAACAUCGUACACAUCAAUGGUGGUGCAGAUCAUUCAUAGAAAAAAGUAUGAAAUUUUGGUAUGUCAAAAGGUUAUCAUUCCUUCACCAAAGUCAGGAUUGCGACAGACUAAUUUGAUUUUUGUAUUUCAGUGAAAAAUAAUAGACAAAGGCACAUUUUAUUGAAUUAAGUGGAGAGGUGGACUAUUGGUGUAAGAGACUAUUUAAAUGUCUGCAUGAAUCUGAAAUUGCAUAAAGAACAUAGUUCUUGGAAGUCGUGCUUUCCUUCUGUCCUUCUAGUCUUUUUCCAUUUGAAUUAUAUUAAUUUAGAUGGUUGCAGCUAUUACUCAAGUAAUUUUUGUAAUAUUCAAUUAAAGGCGAAUGUAAUAAAUCA